AUGAUUGUUGCAAGCAAUCUAGUCUCCCGACCCGAAAGCAAAGGACAGGCAAUGCACACAGAGACGACCGUUCAUGGUCAAGGGCAUCGUGAAAUCCACUCAAUGGUCAAGCACCUCGAAAACAAUGGCUUUGAAGAUACACCUUUCGCCAUUGUGGCCAUCGACAAGGAUGGCAAUGCACAGGUUCAUGCAUCGAAACAGGUCAAAGGAUUUCUUGACGAGCGACUCUUUGCCGCCAGAUUUGAAGACGCGCACACGCUAUCAAUACAGCACAACUACUCCGGAUCUUCCCCUUUCUCGCCCGAGUUAGACUCAGCCGGUGAAAUUUCCUGGCCAUGUCAUCUCAAUUUGAUGAAGCAACGGCAAACCCUCACAUCCAACACUAGUAAUUGCACGCUCCCAAGGGCGAGGCACCAACAGCGGUUAUCUUUGCUGCGAGAACCCUCUCCAGCUUCUUCCUCGUACUCGAGGAUUGUUCGUGGGGGAGCAGCAUCCGAUGCCGCAGAUCAUAGACCUGACUUCAAGAAAGGCUCAAUGAAGUCCUUCAGAAUCGACUCCAAGGCUGAUGUCACUGCGUACCUCGAAAGUCGGCUCAAGCGGCUGCAGCAGCUGGCUGUCAAGAAGAUUGCCAAGGCAUGGAUCAAAGGCAUAUGCCCCAAGAAGCAAGCCAACUUUCCCUAUCGAAACAAGCAGAGAGGGAAUGAAGUUCCUCGGAUUCCUGGCUGGUGGCCACAGGAACAAGGGGUGUGUCGUUUCCUCGAACCCGACCACAUCAAGCGUGAAGAACGUAUGCAGCUGUGCCUACACCUGCUUCGUCUGCGCCCAACUCCCCAGCAACUCCGCGCUUGGAACAACAACCAUACAGAAGACAACAAGACUCAUGUGCGGUGUGGUUGGACCGCGUUCCUCAAGGAGCUUGCUGGCCCAGAUGUGUUUGAUGAUCUUCCCAAAGAGGCGCCGAAUCGGGUCAGACUUAGACAGAAUCUCUUGGCUCAGAUGUAUGAAGUCGCGGCAAUGGAGGAGCAGCUCGAGAAGGACGAGAUCGAUGGUGGAUCUCUAUACCAUUGUGGGGAGGAAGAAGGGGAAGAGAGAAGACAAGUGGCUUUGAAGCGAUCUCGUAGUUUAUCACUGACCUCGAGCGUCGGAGAUGAUUCUGGAGAUGAUUCUAGCGAGUCAGUUGCAUUGGCGAGGUGCAUCGGGGCCAAAAAGCCAAGACAGAGCGACGAUUCGGCUCUCACCUCGGCCGGAUUGAGCUCCGAGGGUCGGAUAGAACCUACGGAGAAGGCCAGUCGAGAGCAGUCCCCGCAUUGGGAUAAUAUUCAGGACCAGUCCUACAGUGAGCCAAGUGUAGCGAUUGCCUCAGCCAUGCCUUCGAACGAUACUCGAGCAUCCCGGGCUCUCCUUCAGUCUCACUGGACAAGCGUCCAACCAUAUCCCCAGCAUAUCGAGCCAUCGAUGAUGGCUUCAGACGACGGCCUUGCAAGUUCGGAUCCACCUGUCAGUAUGAUGAGCCGCAGACGUGCUGCCAGAGCCCAAAGGCAGAAGUUCAGCAACUCGAUCGAUCCCUCUCGCGUUAAGAUCGAGACUCAACCUUCAAUGCCAAUACCUCAGGUUGAUCAAGUCCAAUCUUGGCGUGCUUCUGCUGGCCAUGACUGGGUCGACGUUGCAUCGUCGUUCGGGUCUUCUCGGGCGGAUGCAAAUGCGACCUCCGAGAUCUACUCUGCUGGAUUCCAGCCACUAAACUUUCCGGAAACACAGCGCUACGAUUUCCCAAGCUACUCGGAGCAUGGUUCGGGCCAAUCACCACAGCAGAUUCCCUGCACCCAAGUGUAUCCAGCACAGAAUCUGUUACGAACGGAAGUGUGUCUGCCGCCCAACUGCUGUGCGCAAAUCGAACCUGCGGCUGCGCCCACGCCAAUACCAAUGUCAUUUGGGAGCUUUUCGUUUGCGGCCGGUCUAGAAACGACCAGUAUCGGGCUGCAACAGCCGUGGCAAGUUCAGGCCUCACCAGCACGCCAUACGCAACAGCGCGAUGGUGUUCCUGGCUUCUUCUACUCUUGGCCUACCAGUGCAUGGGACAGCCGAUGCUGA